CAGAGAGUCCUCGCCGCCGCCGGAACGGUAAAACCCUCGCAAUUUCCGAGAAAAGUCCAACCUUUUUCCCCUAAAUCUUCCAAAUCGAUCCUGAUUUCGUGGAUCUCUCUGCCUUUUUCUUGUUCUAUCUUCUUCUUCUUUAUCUUCUCCUUCUUCGAUGAGAUCUCCUGAGGUGUCUCUGCCUUCCCAUUUGAUGGCCUCUGGAGAUUUAUUGGUGGUGCCGGCUGAUUCCAUUUGUUCCAUUAUCACACCAUAAACUUGUAGUUUAUUUUUUUUUGGUGUUUAGUGUGUUCUUGACUCUUGUUCUGCUUAGAUUAUCUCUUGGUACGAAUAUGGCCAAAGAUUGGUCACACGGUGAAGUUCUUAAGGCCAUAUUCCCACUUUUGGAUGGCAAAGACCUUAUAGCUUGCAUGCUGGUAUGCCGACAGUGGAGAGACAUUGCAAAAGAUGACUACUUCUGGAAAUGCAUCUGUGCCCGAAGAUGGCCUUCUAUCUGCAAGAGACCUCCACCUUCUCUCAGCUACCACAAAUUGUUUGUAACCUUCUCAAAACCCCAGCGCCCACAGCCUCUCCUGCCACCAAGGCUAUCAUUCAAUGACUUAGAGUUCUAUGUUGAUCUGUGGUCUGAUGACCAGCUGCUAUUCUCCGAGGCAAUCUCUGGGUCUAUGCUCCGGAUGGGCAUAAAGAAUCCCCCUCCUGGCAUCCCUGAUGUCCUCAGAGUUCACCUAGAUGGCCCUGACUACAAGAUGGUGAUGCAUGUUGACCCUAGGUUCACUAUACCUCUCGGCCGGACCAUUACUGUUUCCAUUCUCAUUGGUCGGAGGGACACCAAUGAGGUUGCCUGCAUUGUAAACAAAUCAGUCUUUGAUUAUGUAGACGGAAGCGCUUUCAGGGCAUUGGCGUACGACUACCUGAAGUUCUCUCCUGGCCAUCCAUUCAUCUCUGGAAUUAGAGCUUGGGUGUCAUUGCUUUUCAUGGCCAAUGGGAACGACAACAUCAUCGAUGUUUUUGGCAUUGAGGUAGACUUUUGUGAUGCUGCUAGCUCUGAGAAUGAGGUUCUGUGGCUUCUUGACAUGCUUGACUGGAAAUGAAAACUUUGUUGUUGUUGUUGUUGUUGUUGUUGUAAAUGAAAUCAGGCAAACUAUAUAAAUCUAAGUUGUACAAUGUCAAUGUUUUUUCUUUUUUUUCUUUUUGGGUUGUUUCUGUGGAUUAAAGCUGAUAUAUUUUCAGAUAUACAGGCUCAGUGUUAAUUGAAAUGGCAGUUCUUUGA